AUGAUAAGUGAUAAUAACAAAUCUUUACUGGUGAAAGAGAUAAAUAUAUCUACUGGAGCAAUUUCAAAGAAUAAACUAGAAACUGUAAAUAAGGAUAAUAAUAUAAGCAAGAAAGUCAAAUCUUUAUUGAAGAAAGAGAUAGAUGAACCUG